UUUUAUUAUGUUAUGUUAUAGUAAAAUUUAACUCGUGGCGACACAAAAUUGGAAAAAUUCCACAACAUGUGCAAAUAAUGAUUGAUGGCUGACUUAUCUGUGGCAUACAAUGUUAUACAUAAUUCAAGUGCAGCUAUUGGAUUAUUAAAAAACCAAUUAGAUUUUUCCUCCUUCUAGAAGCAAUUUUUUAAUAAAUAAAUAAGAAAAUAAUUGCUCCAAGAGAUGAAUAUUUGACAUUGUGAUUGCUACCUCCCAUCUAUUUAAUCAACGGUUUUCCGGUUAAUUAAUAUUCUUUCGUCAGUCAUGGACGAAGAGUUUUUAAUCGGGACUUUUGAAACGGAAAAAAAAUUCCUUCGUUAUGGAAGUUUCUAUCCUUGUGGCAAACGUAUCAAGUUUAUUUUUUUGGGAUUGUUCAUGUUUGUCUAUUCCUGGACUGAAUUCCUCUCAAUGAUCACAGUAUUGUUCGUCGAACGUGACAAUUUAACCAAAUUAUCCGAAACUUUGCUCUUUUGCAUGACUCAAGCCGCUUUUCUCUUCAAACUUGUCAAUUUUCUCUACCACAACAAGACCAUGCUGCGGAUUGAAAGCAUUCUUAAAAACCCAAUUUUGAAUUGUUUGGACCAAUUUGAAAAAAACAUUAUUGAGAAGUACAUGAUUCGAGUGAAAUAUCUGGCAAGGCUGUUCCGAAUUUUGUGCAUUUUAACUGUGUCUUUUUAUGGGUUGUUUCCGUUUAUUGACGAGGACCCAGACCAUAUGUUACCACUACCAGGAUGGUUCCCUUUCGAUGUGAAAACCCAUCAAAUUGAACUGGUCAUUGCCCAGACUUGUGGGAUAGCAAUUGGGGCUUUUCUCAACUCAACGUUGGAUAUUUUACCUACGAUUUUAAUAACUCUAGGUUCUGCACAAUUCGAUAUAUUGAAAAUAAGACUCGAAAAUAUCACAAGUGUGGAUACUUCGAAGUCUUGGUUGGUCAAAAAAGCAAUCAAAAAAUGCGUUAUCUAUCACACCAUCCUUUUAAACUACAUUACUCAAAUUGAAAUUUUGUUCCACAAAGGCAUUUUUGUGCAAUUUACGGCAAGUGUUGUAGUUAUUUGUCUCACAGGUUUCCAGAUGCUUGUUAUUUCGGUCAGAAGUAUCCAAUUUAUUCUCUUGAUGAUUUAUUUCUCGACAAUGACGUGUCAAAUUGCGCUGUAUUGUUGGUACGGCAAUGAAUUAAUGUACAGGAGUAUCGGCUUAUCUGAUGCUUGUUACAUGUCCGAGUGGAACAAAUGUGACACUUCGGUGUGUAAAAGUUUGGCAAUUAUUAUGGAAAGAGGGAAAAGACCGGUUGUUUUAAAGGCCGGGAAUAUUUUUUCGCUGAAACUUACAACACUGAUGACCGUACUUAAGUCGUCCUAUUCAUAUUUUGCUGUACUUCAACGACUUUAUUCUUGUUCCAGCCUUGGGUCAAGCAAAAUGCCUUUCACCAUCAAAGACUACGAUUUGCGAAAUGCCUUUGAAACUGAACGCACCCUUUUAACCCUUUCAGGGUUUUACCCUCGGCGUACGAAAAAAUACAAUUUUUUCUACAACACAAGUGCCCUCAUAAAUUUAUUCAUCGCUUAUGGACAGCUAUUUUCAAUGGUUGUCCAAAUGGUAAUCGACCGAAACGAGCUUUCGAAAUUGAGUGAAACGUUGCUGUUUUUCAUGACGCAUUUUACGUUUUUAUGCAAACUCACAAAUUUCGUCUACUACAAGAAAAAAAUGUUUGAAAUUGAAGACAAUCUUUCAAGGAAGAUAUUCUACGGGUUUGAACUGUGGCAGAUCAAACCUAAAAUUGACUCGUGCAAGUUCAUCGCUAAAAUUUUCCGAAUUUUGUGCAUUUUGGUGGUUUUGUUUUACACACUUGUGCCCUAUUUGGACGAUAAGGAGGAUUUGAGUUUGCCUUUGCCGGGCUGGUUGCCCUACAAUACGAAAAAAUAUUACUACCCGACUGUAAUUUUUCAAGUAAUGAGUGUGUCGGUUAGUGCUUAUAAUAAUUCAAGCAUUGAUGUUUUGACUUGUAUGUUGAUCACGGUCGCUUCGGCGGAGUUUAAUUUAUUGAAAGGGGCCUUAAAGACGAUUGAUUUUCACCCAAAAGGGCACAAUACCAAGCAACUGAUUGAAGCAAAAUUUGAAAAUUGUGUCAAUCAUCACAAAGAAAUCGUCAAGUUUGCUUACCAAAUCGAGACCAUUUUCUCUAAAGGGAUUUUUUUGCAAUUUUUUGCGAGCAUUAUUGUGAUUUGUUUCACCGGUUUUCAGAUGAUUGUUGUGCCUAUCCCAAGUAUGCAAUUUAUUUUUUUAAUCAUUUAUUUCUCCUGUAUGAUGUGUCAGGUGGCAAUGUAUUGCUGGUACGGACACGAUAUUAUAACUACGAGUGAUUCAAUUGGGCAAGCUUUUUAUAUGUCCAAUUGGUACGAAUCUGACGUCAAAAUUCGCAAAAAUAUUUGCAUUUUUUUGGAAAGGACGAAAAAACCGGUUAUUUUAACAGCGGGAAAAUUUGUUACCUUGUCACUGACCACGUUCACAACCAUCCUACGGUCCUCGUAUUCGUAUUUUGCAGUGCUCCAACGUUUAUACAAAGAAGAUUCUUAAUUGUCUGAUUUAAUUAUGAACAUUUUUCACGUGCACUUCAACUAGCACUUUAUCACUAAAAAUC